AUGGCGGAAAACGGUGAACAGAAGCUUAUUGCCGUUGCUCGACAUAUAGCAAAUACUCUAGGCCAUACUGACACCAUGACUGAUGAUAUUCUCAAGAUAUUCUAUAACUUUGAUGGGAGAUUACGUGAAAAGUUAACGGAAAAACUUUCCGAUGAAGACCCACCGUACCACAACUUCAUUGUAAGAUUGCAGAAUGCUCCAGAUUUUGGGAAGCAUGCAGAUAGGCAUAUCAAGUACGGCGUGGAGGAUAUUGAGGCUCGAAUCAACGAGUUGUUUCAAGGAAGUGGCAGUAGCAGGUGA